AUGUCCGAUCAUCCUAUUCCUCCCAACUCGCCUCCCCAGGCCACUGCACCGGCGCCUGCUGAGUCGGUCGCCAGCGAGCAGCCGGCCACACAGUCUGCUUCCACCCCAACUCCCUCCGUUGCCGCCACGGCGGCCGCUGCCACCGCCGCGGUGAACAACACCCUGAACGGCAGUGUUGGGGAGCAACAGCUCCCCUGCCAAUGGGUCGGUUGCGGUGAAAAGUCCCCUUCUGCUGAAGCUCUCUAUGUAAGUACCCAGAAUGCCCGCCAUCCUGACCCCACCCAGACCUGGUCUGCAAUCCCCCUCUUUCCUUUGUUGGAUCUUAACCCGCCUUGUGUGGUUAUACAGGAGCACGUCUGUGAGCGCCAUGUCGGCCGCAAGAGCACCAACAACCUGAAUCUGACCUGUCAGUGGGGGAACUGCAACACCACCACCGUCAAGCGUGACCACAUCACUUCGCACAUCCGUGUUCACGUUCCCCUGAAGCCUCACAAGUGUGACUUCUGUGGCAAGGCCUUCAAGCGUCCCCAGGAUCUCAAGAAGCACGUCAAGACUCACGCCGACGACUCAGAAAUCCGCUCCCCGGAGCCCAGCAUGAAGCAUCACCAUCAUCACCCCGACAUGAUGUUUCCCCAGAACCCCAAAGGUUACGCUGCUGCCACCCAUUACUUCGAGGGGCCCAUGAGCGGCGUGUCCAGUGCCGCCUAUGCCCAUGGCGGUCCUCAGUAUUACACCGCACACCCCCCUCCUCCGGCACCCAACCCUCACUCGUACGGCAAUGUCUACUAUGCGCUGAGCCACGAUUCAGCCCAGGCCUAUGACCGCAAGCGGGGCUAUGAUGCCCUGAAUGAAUUCUUUGGGGAUCUCAAGCGCCGUCAAUUUGAUCCCAACUCAUACGCUGCCGUGGGCCAACGACUCCUGGGUCUCCAGGCUCUGCAGCUCCCCAUCCUCAACGGUCCCGUGCCCGAGUAUCAGCCCAUGCCUGCGGCGGUGCCCAUCGCGGCGGGUGGGGGCUACAGCCCCGGUGGUCAUGCUCCCGCCUAUCAUCUGCCUCCCAUGUCCAACGUCCGGACGAAGAACGACCUGAUCAACAUUGACCAGUUCUUGGAGCAGAUGCAAAACACCAUCUAUGAGAGUGAUGAAAACGUGGCUGCGGCGGGUGUUGCGCAGCCCGGUGCCCACUACGUCCACGGGGGAUGA